GAUGCGUACUUCCAUGUUCCUAUACAUCCCAACUUCCGAAAGUACCAUCGAUUCGCCUUUCAUGGCAAAGUCUACCAGUUACGGGCCAUGCCAUUUGGUUUGGCGACCGCCCCACGAGUUUUUACCAAACUAAUGUCUGCAGUCUGAGUUCACGGGAUUUUUCUUUUUCAGUAUUUCAACGACUGGCUCUUACACCAGCUCGAUCGUCAUUUACUUCUGACCAACCUAGAAUUCUCUUGGAAGGAACUCCUCUCUUUAGGACUCCUUCUCAAUGCAGACAAAUCAGACCUCAUUCCUUCUCAGGACUUCACUUUCAUGGGAAUGAAUUUCUUGACACACAUCAAUCGGGUCAGAGUGUCAUGUCAACGUUUAUCAGACCUUCUGGUAAAGGUCAACUGGGUUUUGUCCCAAUCUCAUAUAACAGCUCAAGAAUUCCUCUCUCUCAACGGUAUCCUGAGCUCAGUAGCAGACUUUGUGCAGUUGGGACGUCUAUUCCUAUGUCCUCUUCAGCAUUAUCUCUCAGCUUGUUGGAAAUGGUCUACGGGCAAUCUGUUAAAACAGAUUCCAAUCCAUCCUUCCCUAGUGUCUCAUCUUCAGUGGUGGCUAGACGAGGAGACUCUGGUAGCAGGAGUACCAUUUCUUCCUCAGCAACCGUCAUUACAUCUUAUCACGGAUGCGAGCAAGGAAGGAUGGGGUGCUCACCUGGAACCUCUCAGUCUAAUAGUUUAAGGGUUGUGGUCUCAUCAGGAAUCUCACCUUCAUAUCAACAAUCUAGAAAUGCGAGCAGUAUUUCAAGCUGUAUCUCAUUUCCAGUCACAUUUUCGAGACUCUUGUGUGAUGGUGUCAACAGACAACACAUCGGUGGUGGCUUACAUCCAGGCACAGGGUUGAAGACAUUCUCAAUCCCUUUAUCUGGAAACCAAGAAAUUACUUGUUUUUUUGCAAAACACUCAACAUUUUUAUUCUGGCCAAAUACAUACCAGAUCGCCUCAACGCCCUGGCGGAUGGGUUGUCUCGCAAACACCAGAUACUUCCAUCGGAAUGGACACUUUAUCAAGAAGUGACCAACCAGAUCUUCUUCAAGUUUGGUUAUCCCCUGGUCGAUCUAUUUGCGACUAGACAGAACUACAGACUACCUCUGUAUGUGAGUCCAGUUUACGAUCCAGCAGCCUGGGCAAUAUUGUCUCGUACGAUAACCUAAUUACCUCCCCUUAUAGCUCUUCAGCAAUUUACUUCCGGGGUGUUCAUUGUUCAAGAUGUCGGACGCAGACAAAGGAAUCAGCUAAGCGUGUGAGAAAAAUGAUAGUUUGACAGGAUUUAAAGUACGAGAAUUGAAAAGCUACUUGGCUAGCCGUAGGCAGAAUGUUUCAGGCAAUAAACAGCAAUUAAUUGAUCGUGUAAAAGGGACAUUUAAACUUGGUAUUUCGGACGUAAACGGAGAAGACGAUGGCGUGUUGCAGCAUAAUGCUAGCUCGCACAGAUUUGUUACACCUUCGGGUGAGAAAAUUCCCCAUCCUGACUCAUUAGAUAAUUGGACAGAUGAUUAUUCAAAACUCUCGGAAUUUGGAGAUAAAGACAUCUACAAUUAUCUAGUGUUAAAAAUGAAUUCUCAGAGACAUCUCAAGUCUAAAGUGUUCUAUGAAGAUGGACAUGUACAUAAAGUCCAGACAAGUAGCAUCGAUGAAAACACAAGUCAUCUCUACAUCCGAGCAACUGUCAUCCCAUCAUUUCCAACAGCCGAUAAGAAAAAGUCUCCAGAUUAUCGACCUUGGGUUCUCCUUUCCAAAGUGACUGGAUGUGUGCAUUCUGCAACCUGUAAUUGUCCAGCAGGAGAAGGUGAAUCGUGUAACCACAUCGGCGCGCUCUUGUAUGCAGUGAAGGACAUUUCUAACAAAGUGCAAGAUGGCAAGCAUUCCUCAACAUCUCAAAAAUGCAAGUGGUCAAAUCCCAGGAAGAGGAAAUUAAGUCCAAAAAAGAGUCAGAGUGUGAUUUUCAAGAAACACAAGUUUGAAUCCUCAUUGAGGAAACCUGUAAGUGGCUUGUUUGUAAAAGAGAAUGCUACAUUCACAGAAAGUACAGUGAACAUUCAACGACUGAGAAACAGACUUACUGAAAAAUCCUUGAAUGUAGGUUGGCUGCAAAACUUUCCCGUGCACAAGGAACCCGAGCCAUUGAUACCAACUAUCCACAAAGUUGAGUUCAUGUACAGGGACUCGGUGAACUUAGAGUCACCCGAGUGUUGCACAGUCUUUGAGGCCCAUUUUAGAAAUAUUAACAUUAGUGCCGAUGACUGUCAGGCUGUGGAAACAAUGACUCGGGGGCAGAGUAGCCAGCCAUGGAAGGUUGCCCGAAGAGAGAGGAUAACUUCUUCAUUCUUUGGAAAAGUUUUUAAACGAAAGACUGACACUAAGCCUGACAACCUGUUGAAGGAGAUGCUGUAUUCUGAUUUCUCCAACAAAUCUACUGCAUAUGGAAAAAAACAUGAAAAACCCGCACGGAAAAUGUAUGUCUGGAAAAUGAACACCGUCCAUAAGGGAUUGAAAGUAACAGAAUGUGGGUUGUUAGUAAACCAAAGGUACCCACAUCUUGGUUCCAGUCCAGAUGGCCUAGUUUAUUGUCCACAUUGUGAAGAGAGUCAUGGACUUGUUGAAAUUAAAUGCCCCGCAUCAAUGAAGUGGCGGAUGAUCACACCUGAGGAGUGUUGUAAUGACAAAGACUUUUUCUGUUCCCUUGUCGAUGGAAAGGUGGUUUUGAAACAAAAUCACCUGUAUUACUAUCAAGUACAAGGACAAAUGGCAGUCAGUGGUCGAAGGUGGUGCGAUUUUGUUGUUUGGACAUGUGCCGGCUUGUCAGUGGAGCGUAUCACGUUCAAUAAUAAACUGUGGAUGCAAAUGCAAGCCAGACUUGAUGACUUCUACAUUAAGUCCUUCAUCCCGGAGUUGUACAGCCUACGUGUGUAUAGGAAUGUACCUUUAAUUUGAAGAAAUUGAACAAUGGACUGGUAGUACAUAAGAAGUGUCUGUCUAUAAGCAAUAAAAUGAAUAAGAUCAGUACUACUACUAUAGACAUGGUUUCUGUUUGAAAGUGAAAGGUUACUUUUUGACCUUGUGUGUUACCGCCUUGUAUGCGCCUUGUAUGUUUGAAAAAAUAAAUACAUGUUCAUGUUAUAUAAAUUCAUUGAUGGGAAAUAGAUGUACCAUUACAUAGGAUUGUACUCUACAAUGUUUUUGAAUUGUCAUAUGAUAUUAUUAUUUGACUUGAUUGUUUGUUAUGAAUUAUAAA